CACCUUCCCUCCCAUGCUUUAAAGGUUGAGACAUCCGAGUAGCUUUUUCCCAACAAAAGUAGCUUCACCACUUUGUGAAGGGCUAAUCAACCCCUCACCCAUAGGUCUCUCUCCCUAUCCCCACAUUAUAGAAGUCUCCAUAAAUAUGUGUGAGAGAGAGACAGAGACAGAGACAGAGAGAGCCAUUCCAAGAUGUGGGUGAGGGCUGUACUACUUGAGGAAGUAGUGCCUUUCAUAGCGAUGGUUACUAUGGAAGGUUGCGCCAUAGGAUUGACAAUUUUGUCUAAAACAGCCAUGACAAAUGGGAUGAGCCCUAUCGUAUUUGUUGUCUAUACCAAUGCUAUUGCUUCCAUCCUCCUCCUCUUCCCUUAUUCCUUCAUAUUUCACUGCUGGGACAGGAUAACUGUAGCUCAGAACUUUGCAUUCCUCGGCCUAAGUUACAGUUCUCCAAUUCUAGUAUGUGCAAUGGGCCUUUUGAUCCCUGCUUUUUCGUUCAUGCUCUCUCUCAUAGUUGAACUGAAAAACUUUAUUGGGAGGACAAAAUUAGAGUAGAGAAGCUCAAGCUUCCAAGCUAAAGUAGUAGGCAACUUGAUAUCAAUCAUGGGAGCCAUAAUGGUGGAACUUUAUAAAGGCACAGAAAUGCUUAAAACAUCUGUUUCUUCUCCAUACGUUCUUCAAUUCAAAGAGCAACUUUUCAUCUUCUCUUCAACCCCAGAACACUGGGUUCUUGGUGGCAUCUUGCUUGCUGCUACUUCCUUGUCUGUUUCAACAUGGAACAUUAUUCAACUGGGAACCGUGAAACAAUAUCCAGAACUAGAAGUGAUGAAGGCGGUCUCUUUCUAUAGCUUAAUGGGGACAAUCCAGUGUACAGUAUUCACUUUAAUUGUAGAAAAAAAAAAUCUAAGUGCUUGGAAAUUAAAGAUUAACAUGGAGCUCCUUCUCAUAGUUUUAACAGCAGUCUUUGGGGGUGUAGUCCGUACUCGUGUCCAUAUAUGGUGCAUGCAAAUAAAGGGCCCUUUUUAUGUGCCAGUGUUCAAGCCAAUUGGGAUUGUUUUUGCAACCAUUUUUGGUAUUAGCUUCUUUGCAAAUAGUCUUCAUUAUGGAAGUGUGAUGGGAGCAAUUAUAAUUGGAAUCGGAUAUUAUACUGUGAUGUGGGGACAAAUUAGAGAAGAGGAAGAACAUGAAGAUCAUGGUGUUCAGAGUGCGGAUUUCAUAGAAAAGAGGGUCCCUCUCUUGCAAGAAGAGAUGCAAGUCUAGAAAUAUUGUGACAACCAAAAAGCUCAAUGAGAAAAAUGAAUCCUAAGAUACAAUCUUUGAGUAAUUGCAGUCCGAUCUUUCAUAAAAAAUUAAAAAUACUAGUUUUAUAGCUUGGUGCAUGGAAUUCCUUCACAGGCCAUGAGUUACACGAUAACAUAAUGCCACACUCGGUUUUCUUUGAGGGCUUCAAUUGCACACCAUUGAUAUCAGGGCUGAAGAGUACAGAUUUAUCAAGCUUUGCAAUGAUACUGAGGAAACAAGCAAGUCUUACGAAUCAAAUGAUAAUAUUAGGGAAAUUGGUUUGGUUCUGUUGUAUAUAUUUGCACUUGGUGGUAUGAGCCUGAAUGUUGGAACAGUUUUUUCCAA